UUCAAAAAUGCCUUAAUGUUCUGUACUAAAUUAUCUUACAGUUCUAAGUAUAUUUUCGUGAUUACCUACAGUGGUAAAAUGGAAAUGAACAGAAAUGAAGUUAUAUCAUUGGUUAUACGUAUGACUUUGUUGUCAACGUGUGCCUAUUUUGGUACGAAGUGGUUGAUCGGACAGAUUGAUCCAACGAAUCAGCAAAAAAAAAGAUCUAAGGAGACUGCACUUAGCAAACUCAGAAGUCUGGGUCUUCAUAAGAUGAAAAAUUUAACUGACCAUGAAUUGAUGAUUGCCAGUCACUUGGUUAAUCCGUAUGAUAUCACUGUUUCCUGGAAUAACAUAGCUGGACUUGGUCAAGUAAUAGAUGAAAUCAAAGAAACCGUGAUAUUUCCAGUUCAAAGAAAAGAAUUGCUUAGAAAUUCUGUUUUAACUAAACCGCCAAAAGGAGUUUUACUUCAUGGACCUCCUGGUUGUGGAAAGACAAUGAUUGCUAAAGCAACCGCCAGAGAAGCGGGAAUGAAUUUUUUAUACUUGGAUGUGUCAUUACUCACUGAUAAAUGGUAUGGAGAAAGUCAAAAGUUAGCUGGAGCUGUGUUUAGCUUGGCUCAAAAACUUCAGCCUUGCAUAAUAUUUAUUGAUGAAAUUGAUUCUUUUUUGAGAUCUAGAACACAGCAUGAUCAUGAAGCAACAGCUAUGAUGAAAGCUCAGUUUAUGAUGUUAUGGGAUGGUUUAUCAACUGAUCCAGAAAAUACUGUGAUUGUAAUGGGUGCCACGAAUAGACCUAAAGACUUAGAUCCUGCUAUACUGAGAAGGAUGCCAGCCACUUUUGAAAUAUCAUUACCGGAUGAACAACAAAGAAAAGAAAUAUUGACUUUAGUUUUGAAUACUGAACAAUGUGCUGAUAAUGUAGAUUUACAUCAGUUAGCCAUAACAACAAGCGGGUUUUCUGGCUCUGACCUUCAAGAAUUGUGUCGAAUUGCAUCGUUAUUCCGAAUAAAAGACUUGAUCAAGGAAGAAGAACUUCAAAAAUGUACUUUAAACUCCAAUUCAAUCAAUGCAGCCAAUAUUAAUAUGUUGAGGCCUAUCAGCAUGGAUGAUUUGCUUGCAUCUGUUACAAAGAUGAAAACAUCUAAAGUAGUUAGUACCACCCAACCUCGGUUUUAAUGAGUAUUAUGAUGUGAAAUUUGGUAGUCUGGUUGAAUGAUCAAUUUUAAUGUUUUGUCAUACGUAAAGUAAUAGUAUUCGCACAAAUACUAUUAUACUAACGGGCAUUUUUAUUCUUAGUCCAAGUUCAAUGUAAGCAUAAAGAGUAUUUUUUUCUCUUCUGGAGAAUGUACUUAGCUAUUGGACAGUUUUGUUAUUUAUAUUAAUUACUUAUAGAUUAUUUAUAUUGCUCAUAAAUAAUUAUUAAUUAAAUUUGUUAAUUAAUGACAUGUUAAAAAAUGAUGACUUUGUAUUUGCUUAGCAACAUUUGGAGAAAAUUACUAUGGAUAUUUAUGUAAAUAAUUUUAUUAUUUUCAUUUGUAUUUUAGUAAAUUACUAUUAAAAUUUCUUCAAUUAUUUCAUUGUUAAUUUAAUUGUACAGCUUUGAUAGUCAAAACUUCUAGAUAAAUAUUUAAUAUAUACAUAUUGCUAUUUACCUAAUUAAUCUAGAUUUGUAAAUAUUUUGUUUUUGAGCUUAUUCAGAGGUCUUAUAAUAAGACUCAACUGUUAUUAUUAAGUUACUAUUGUUGAUUAGAAAUUAUAACAAUUUACUUAUUAGGUUUUUCAAAAUGUAUAACUAUUAACAUAAACUAGAGAAUAAAUAUCUGAUAAUUAUAAUUUAUGC